CAUGAGUGUUGCACACUCAAAACAAAAACAAAAAUAUUCCAAGAUUGGGAAUGUGUUGUUGAGGAAAGUGUAAAAAGUUCACUAAAAAAAGUUGUUUUUACCUUUAAAGUGCGCGAAGAUAAAUGUUAAAAGUAUUGAUCAAUGGAAGAGCGUAUUGUAGUCGGUCGAACAACGUGAUAACAAAAAUGAAAUACUUAAAUGUUGCUGAGAAAAACGAUGCCGCUAAAAACAUUGCCAAUCAGUUGUCGAACGGGACAUCUCAACGGACCGAGGGCAUAUCGAAAUUCAACAAAAUCUACAAGUUCACUGCCAAUGUUCAAGGCAGACAAGCUGACAUGAUAAUGACUUCCGUGUCCGGUCACCUUAUGACUCGAGAUUAUCCUAUUGCAUACAGUAAUUGGAGUGCAGUCGAUCCAUUAUCACUAUUUACGGCUCCAGUCAUCAAGAUAUGCCCGCAAAAUUUUCUGCCUAUAAAGAAAACGAUUGAACGGGAGAUACGCUCAUGCCAAGGCUUAAUAAUAUGGACCGAUUGUGAUAGAGAAGGUGAAAAUAUUGGAUACGAGAUAAUCGAUGUGUGCCGUGCGAUCAAACCGAAUAUUGAAGUGCAUCGAGCCGUUUUUUCGGAGAUUACGUCACAGGCAGUCAAACGAGCUCUGGCGAACCUACAACAACCCGAUCUUCGAAAGAGCCAAGCUGUCGACGUCCGAAGUGAGCUGGAUUUGAGGAUAGGUGCGGCGUUCACGCGCUACCAAACAAUGCGAUAUCAACGACUGUUUCCCACGUUAAUCGAAAAGAAUUUGGUUUCGUAUGGCAGUUGUCAGAUACCAACGCUUGGGUUCGUGACGGAGAGGUACAAGGAAAACGAAAAUUUUGUUCCGCAACCAUUUUGGAAGUUGAUAAUGAACCACACAAUUGAUGCGCUGACGGUUGAUUAUACCUGGGGUCGAAAUCGAUUAUUUGAUAAACAAUGCUGUGAAGCAUUCUUGAUGGUCUGUCAAGGUAAUCCAACUGCAACCGUCACAAGUGUUGUUAAAAAACCGAAAAAUAAAUGGCGACCAACACCCAUGGAUACAAUUGAAUUGGAAAAACUCGGUUCUAAGAAAUUGAAAAUUUCCGCCAAACAAACGAUGACGAUUGCUGAGAAACUAUACCAGCAGGGAUUCAUCAGUUACCCUCGUACGGAAACAAAUAUCUUCUCUCCUGACGUCAAUUUGGUGUCACUUGUAGAACAACACGUUCCCAAUCCCAAUUACGGUGAAUUUGCAACGAAAGUUUUACAAUGGGGACCAAAUCCUCGGCAGGGACGUAAGUCCGAUCAAGCGCAUCCACCGAUUCAUCCCACUAAAUAUACAAACGGAUUGGGUAGUAACGAAGCAAGAGUCUACGAGCUCAUUGUACGUCAUUUCUUGGCGUGUGUCAGUCGCGAUGCGGUCGGCUCUGAAACCAUUGUGAACGCACAAAUUGUCGACGAAGAAUUUACAGCAACGGGACUGAUAAUCCACGAAAGAAACUAUUUGGAAGUUUACAUUUACGACAAAUGGACGGGAAAAGAAGUUCAUCCGUACCAAGAAGGAGAACAAUUCAAUCCAACCGAAUUGUCCAUGAGAGAAGGCACAACCACAGCUCCUCCCAUGCUGACAGAAGCUGAAUUGAUUGCCCUAAUGGACAAACAUGGAAUCGGAACGGAUGCAACUCACGCUGAACACAUCAACACAAUCAAGGAGCGACUGUACAUUGCCGAAAAUGAACGAAGAUUUCUCAUUCCUGGCACCCUCGGUAUGGGCUUGGUCGAAGGUUAUGAGUCUAUCGAAAUCCCACUCGCCAAACCCCAGUUACGCGCAAAUUUAGAAAAAGAUCUGCAGCUGAUAUGUGAUGGCCGGAAACAACCGGACGAUGUUCUACGCGAGCAAAUCCGUAUUCACAAAGAGGUUUUCGAGAAAAUUCUGGCUGGUAUAUCCGCCAUGGAUGCGACGUUAGCAAAUCGUCUUCAGGAGACCCCAGUCGACGUUCCGGCGCCACAGCCAACGACUCAAUUCCAUGAAGUUCAUAAAUGUCCACGGUGCUCGGCUAUGAUUGCAUUAAAAACUGUUAACGACGGGCGUAUUAUGUUGACCUGCCUGGGUUUUCCCGCUUGUAAGCAAUCAAUGUGGCUUCCACAAGAUUACUUCAAAGAAGCCGUCGUUACUGACGAUGUUUGCGAAAAUUGUGGACCGGGAUACAAGAAGAUUCAACUGAAACUGAAGGGUAUGCAUCUGCUGAGCUUCCUGAAUGCGAAUAAUGUCGAGGGUUUGAGUUACAAGACAUGUCCAGCGUGCGAUCGCAGUCUUAAAGAUUUGUGCGGACAAGAGAAUGAUCGGCAAAACAGUUCGUCAGGUCGCCAAGGCAAUACGACAACAGCGGCUGAUUCAACCAGAAACAAUGGCAACUAUAUCAAUCCGAAUGCAAGAAACUAUCGGGGUGCAUCGAAUACAUCAAGAACUUCAGCGAAUCAGACAUCUGUUUUGAGCAAUGACAGCGCAAGUAGACCCGGUAAUGGAACAGCAAAUGGCAAUAAUACCAGGAAUCGAGGAGAUGGAAAUACUAGUCGACGUCGUCCAUCCGACAACAAUGAUAGCGAAGUGAAAUGUCCGAAAUGCGGAAAAGUUUUGACUCCACUCACAUCAAAAACUCCAGCAAAUCCAGGUCGCCAAUUCUAUAAAUGUUGCGAUAAUUACUUCAAAUGGGCCGAUGAAAUCGCAGCACCAUCAACCAGAACGGCACAAGGCUCAUCGACUGGCGCCGGCGCUAACAGAACAAAUACUGGCAAUAGAAAUACAAACCAGCCACCUCCAUCCAGCGGAGUGACAUGUACGAAAUGUGGCAGACCUGCUAAUCUGAAACAAGUUACGAGAGAUACAGCAAAUAAGGGAAAAUAUUUCUACAAUUGUUCUGAGUGUGCGGACUUUUUCAAAUGGGCCGAUGAAGUUGAUGGUUCGACUACAGGAGGUGCAACUGGCGCUGCUACAGGAAGUGGACCGAGUAGUUCGCGGAAUUCGGGAGAUCCUCCACGCCAACGAGCAAAACGUAAAUGUGGAAAUUGCGGUCAGGAAGGGCAUACAAGAAAUAAGUGUCCUAAUAGUUAGCUAUUAUUUUUCGCGCAUCGUUAUCCACUUGUUCCACAGUUAAUCUUUUGUUUAUAUAUUUUGUAUAACUUCUUUUUCCAGUUUUUAUUAUUGCGAAUAAAGAACAAUCGAAGGAAUUCA